AUACCUUUGCAUCCGGAGUCCACUAAAUAUACUGGUUUUACGUUUAUGGGUAAAAGCUAUACGUACCUUGUGUUACCUCAAGGGCUUAAAACGUCGGUGGGCAGCUUUUCUAGAGCAAUGGACGUUAUACUAGGAGUAGAGGUUAGGUCCUUUUGUGUAAACUAUUUAGAUGAUUUGGUUGUAUUUAGUAGAGACGAUGAUAUAGACGUUCAUUUUAAACAUUUAGAUACAGUGUUGGCUCUCUUAAAGGACGCUGGAAUGACUUGUAGGUUGUCGAAGUGUCAGUUUAUACAGACACAGACUGACAGUAGUAAGGUUGGAAUAGCUGGCUGUCUGUAUCAAUUAGAUAAAGAGAAUCAAGAGUCAGUCGUAGGGUUCUGUAGCAAGGGGCUAACGCCUUCUGAACAACGGUGGACCGUAUCGGAACAAGAGUUAUGGGCUAUAGUUUAUAGUUUGAAAAAAUUUGAAACCUAUUUGAGAGGGGCACGCACGGUCAUAAGAACAGACCACAAAAGUUUGUCAUUUAUAAACAAUUGGAGUUUAUAUAGCGCUAGGGUUACCCGUUGGAUUAUGUAUCUGCAAAGAUUUGACUAUAUUGUAGAAUACGUGAAGGGAAAGGACAAUAUAGUCCCCGAUGUUUUAUCCCGAUAUGCGAGGGGAGCGGAGGAUAUAUUAGAAUUUCGCAAGUUGUGCCCACAGAUAGCUAUGUUCACUGUACCUAAAGCAAAGAAAAUAAUAACUAAGCUAAAGGACAUUGUACUACUGCAGAGAGAUGACAUAGAAUUACGUAAGUUAUUGGAUCAUCUUAGAGAAAACCCUGGAAGUACUAUUAGGGGUCCGAAGGGGCAGUUUGUGAUAGAAAAUAAUAAAUUAAUGCAUAGGUCCUUUAAGUCAGGGCAAGAUAAGUUGGUGGUACCUAAGGCAAUACACAAGUCAGUGGUACAGGCUAUACACGAAGAAGCGGGUCAUUUUGGGGAAGCGCGAAUAAAACGGUUAAUUAGUGAUCGGUUUUACAUCCCCAAUUUAACAAAAACUCUCAAACAAAUAUUGCGGUCAUGUGAUCUAUGUCAGAAAGCCAAACAUACUAAUAAGUCCACAGUAGGAGAGUGCAAGGCGGUGUUAACUAACGAUGUCGGUGAGAUAGUUAUGGUGGAUUGGUAUGGGCCAUUGCCUGUGAGUAGGUUUGGUAUGCAAUACAUAUUAGUGGUCCAAGAUUCGUUUAGUAAAUAUGUACAGCUCUAUCCCGCCAGGAGAGCGACAACACAAGCGGCCAUAAAGAGUGUAGUUAAGUACUACGGGUUAAUACAAAUCAAAACCAUAGUAUCAGAUAAUGGUAGACAGUUUACUUCAAAGGCAUGGUAUGAAACAUUGCAGGGAAUGGGAAUACGUGUUUCACAUACUACAGUACGGAACCCGAGACCGAAUAGUACUGAAAGAGUGAAUAAGGAGUUAGGGCGAUUAAUGAGAAGUUAUUGCCAUGGAUCCCACAGUAGUUGGGCAUUGAUUAUAACGAAUAUUGAAAGGUGUUAUAAUAAUACUAUACAUGCCAGUACGGGGUAUACGCCACUAGAAAUAUUGACAGGGGAACGCCCAGAACUAACAGUAGAUAGUUGCGAGGCCAUAAGAGUGUACAAUAAAGAAUUGUUGGAUGUUGAAAUGGUAAGAGAGAAUGUGAGGAAGAAUCUGAGGCAAAUGGCUCAGUGUCGAAUCAGUCAGUAUAACAAGAGACAUAACAUUGAAAAUUAUCAAAUAGGUGAUUUAGUUAAGAUAAGGAGGGAUAAUUAUUCAAAGAAGUCGGAUAAAGUGUGCAAGAAGUUUUCCUUGUUGUAUGAGGGGCCAUAUAAAGUAGGCGGAAUACCAUAUACUAAUGCUUAA